AUGGUCGGAAAGGCUAUCCCGCUCGGCCUCAGGCUCUGGGAGUUCCUUUGGACUCUCCUCAUCAUGGCCUUGAUCGGUAACAUGAUCGCCGAAGCAUUCGCAGGCAACCCUGCCACCGUCAACUAUGCCAUGUUCGUUUCGGCAUUCUCGAUGUUCACCCUCUUCUACACUAUCCCCGCAACGCUUAACCCCGACUGGGCCAUCCACCCUAUCUUUCUGAUCGUUAUCGAUACCCUCAAUGCGAUCUUCUUCUUGACCGCUGGUAUUGCUCUGGCCGCCAGGCUGGAAGCCCACAGCUGCGGCAACGACAGCUACACUCUCCACAAUGAGAUCACCAAUGGUUCGAACAACCGCGGAAAGCGCUGCCGUGAGGCUCAGGCCUCCACCGCAUUCCUCUGGUUCGCCUGGGUCGGCUAUACCGUCUCCUUGGUCUUCUCGAUCAUGGGCUCGCGCUCCGCUGGUGUCAACCUCCGUGGACGCACUGGCCCCGCCCGCGGUGCUCGCCCCAGCAUGGCGCAGGUCUAA